UUGGCCGGGGCACACGACAAUUGGCCAAACAAUGUUCUUUACAACCGCUCAAGAGCAGCCCUCGUGAUGGUGCAUGUUGCGGUCAGCGAUGUGAUGGUGACUUUCUGGGUUAGACCAUGGCGUUUGGACGUGCCAUCGCGCGCAUCGGCAUCGUCCACAUCGUGGGGUUCGCGAUGUGAUGGGGAUAUGUAUACCGUCUGUUUGCGCGCUGGUGGUACGGAAGGAAGUAAGUUUGUGAAUCUGUUCUCUAUCUCUAUUUUCUUCAUCUCUGCUUCUCUACGUUGGGCAUUGAGUGCCUGUUCCGUCGCUACGACUCUGACCACUUUCACUACUACGCUUUUAAUUUCAACACAAGCUGGUCUUGUGACAUUUAUUCAUUCAUUAAAUAUUAAUUCGAGACGCCAUGGCGAUCAUUAAUGCAUUGGCCGUAUUGUUGGCCCUGAUCCACAUCACGGCCGCCUUACAGGUCACACCAGGAUCUCCUUGCUCGUCGGUCUGUCUUGACGAUCCAGAUCUUGAUGACUCCGAUCCCGAAUCUUCAAACACGACGCCAGAUGAUAUUGUAUGCGACGUGAAGGAUUUCAUUUCGGAAGCAAAAGGCCAAAAGUUCCAGAGAUGCUUGAACUGCCUGCAGGACAGUGGGUUCGAGCAUGGCCUUGAGAGCGAUCAGCAAUGGUUCUUCUACAAUCUGAGGUUCGCUGUCGACUACUGUGUCCUUGGCGACUUCAACGCUACAGACGUUGAGGCCGGUCCUUGCGCCACCAAGGAAUCGUGUGGUGCUCUCAACAAAGCACUGAGCGACGGCCUUCUCGAGCCGGCAUACUCUGAAGCGUACGACUACUGCGAUGUCAACCACAGCGUUGUUCUGUCGAGCUACAUGGAUGACUGUGUCACCUGCGUCCACUCUUUCAACCCCUAUUUGGCAAAUUUCCUGGCGGCCAUUCAAGCCGGAUGUGAGCAGAAGCCUCUAUCAGGGACAAUUGUCGGACUCAACGAGACCAUCUUCACCACGAAUACCGUCCUCAUCACAGACCCCUCGACAACGUCGUCUGCCGACACGUCGACUGGCCCUGUACUCUCAACGCCCAUCAUCGCAGGUAUCGCCAUUGGUGGUGUCAUUCUCCUACUUCUCAUAGCAGGAUGUGUGUAUAUGCAAAUCCGAAGACGCCGCAACAAGAAGAGGAUUCGGCGUGUUUCGCCCUUGGAAUUCAGAUGCCAGACACACGUCACGCCCCUGACGGCAGACUUCCCUCCUGGUGUGGGAGAGAAAUCAUACGUGUCCCCGUCAGCCGCCUUGGGAUCCAAUCCGCCAGAGAAGAGGUUGACGAGCAUUGUCACGACCACGCCCGCCAUGCCCGCCAAGGCAGCAGCAUCUCCAAGGCUUGGUGAGUACACGACACCAACGUCCACCACUUCGAUCCGGUCCAACGCGCCCCUAUUGAGCUCCAGCUACAGGCCAUACGUACCUGCGGAGUAUGGCAUGUCGGGGGCCCCUGGAUUGGCCAUCACCACGACCGAGCGGUCUCCCUAUCAGGGGUUUCCUAGCCCACGCCACGCAUCGUUCACGGAACAGAGCAGCUUGUCGCCCCAGCAGAACCAGACCGUGUGGGAUCAGUCAGAAGCAGGAAGAACAGGGAGAGACAUGGGGAGAAAGAAAGAAUCGCCGGCUACUAAUGGCUCGCCGACGUCGAUGACCAACAUCCAGACAUCGUUUCCUCCACCACCAAGUGGGCGUCGUUAGACAGCAACAGAUAGAAACCCCCAGAUUC